CUUAAUAUAGACAAGAAAAACAAAAACAAAAACAAAUUGCAAAAGCAAACGAAGCUCAUUAGCUCCACCAAAGGCCCAAACCCCAAUCCCAAUAGAUAGAUCUAUCCAUAGCAUAUCUUUGGAUUCGUUCUUCAUAUCUCUCUCUGACUCUGGAAAAAAAAAAAAAAAAAAUCCGAAAUUCGCAACCAUGUUUUCCAGCAGCAAGAUCAAAUCCGUCGAUUUUUACAGGAAAAUCCCAAGAGAUUUGACAGAGGCAUCAUUAUCAGGUGCAGGAUUAUCCAUAGUAGCAGCGCUGGCCAUGAUGUUUUUAUUUGGAAUGGAAUUGAAUAACUAUUUGACUUUCAGCACAUCUACAACUGUUAUUGUUGACAGGAGUUCUGAUGGGGACUUCUUACGCAUUGAUUUUAAUAUCAGUUUUCCUGCCCUCUCAUGUGAAUUUGCAUCUGUAGACCUGAGUGAUAUCUUGGGAACAAACAGGUUGAAUAUAACAAAAACAAUUCGCAAAUUUUCUAUAGACCAUAAUUUAAGACCCACAGGCUCCGAGUUUCACUCGGGACCAAUUUCACAUGACAUUAAGCAUGGGGAGGAAUUCGAUGAAGAACCUGUUGAAGGUUCUGUUGAUCUGACAGCUCAAAAUUUUGAUAGAUAUUCUCAUAUGCAUCCAAUUUUGGUUGUCAAUUUUUUUGCUCCUUGGUGCUACUGGAGCAAUCGCCUGAAACCAGCAUGGGAAAAGGCGGCCAAAAUAAUCAGAGAAAGAUAUGACCCAGAGUUGGAUGGGCGGAUUCUUUUGGGAAAGGUAGAUUGCACUCAAGAACCUGACUUGUGUAGAAGGAAUCACAUACAAGGUUAUCCAUCUAUUCGCAUUUUUCGUAAAGGAAGUGAUCUUAGGAAUGACCAUGGACACCAUGACCAUGAAUCUUACUAUGGAGAUCGAGAUGUAGAUAGCUUGGUUAAGACAAUGGAAGAUUUGGUUGCACCCAUUCCUGUGGAAUCUCAGAAGAUGGCUUUGGAUGAUAAGUCAAACAUGACACAAAAUACCAAAAGACCGGCACCAUCAACAGGAGGCUGUAGAAUUGAGGGAUAUGUGCGAGUGAAGAAGGUUCCAGGAAACCUUAUCUUCUCAGCUCGUUCAGGAGCCCAUUCUUUCGAUUCUACUCAAAUGAAUAUGUCACAUGUCAUAUCCCAUCUUUCAUUUGGUCGGAAGAUUGCGCCUAGGGCGAUGUCUGAUGUGAAGCGCUUGAUACCUUAUAUUGGUGGAAGCCAUGACAGGUUAAAUGGGCGAUCAUUCAUUAAUCACCGGGAUUUAGGUGCAAAUGUUACAAUAGAGCAUUAUGUGCAAAUUGUUAAAACGGAGGUGAUGGUAAAAGGGCCUCAUAAGUUAGUUGAGGAGUAUGAGUACACAGCCCACAGCAGUUUGGCGCAAAGCGUAUACAUACCUGUUGCAAAAUUCCAUUUUGAGCUUUCUCCGAUGCAGGUUUUAAUAACUGAGAAUCCAAAGUCAUUUUCACAUUUUCUCACAAAUGUCUGUGCUAUUAUUGGAGGUGUUUUCACGGUUGCUGGAAUUUUGGAUUCCAUUCUGCACAACACUUUUAGACUGAUGAAGAAAGUAGAAUUAGGAAAAAAUUUUUGAUAGAUAGGUGAAAUCUUUAAGCCUAUAAAAAAUUCUUAUUUUCUCAGACUACCAUUUACUAGUGAGGGAUUUUUUUGCAAUCUAUUAUAUUAUAAAUAUAUGUAAUGAAGAAAGAAACUCUUUAAUUGUUCGCCAUUAUAGUUACUAUUAGAGGAAAUUAUUUGGAAAAAAAAAAAUCUGAGGUUUCUGGUUGUAA